AUAAAAUCCGGUUAACCAUCUGUCAAUAUCCGGAUUGACAUCGACUUCAUCUUGAACUCACGAAAGUGGCGCAUCCGAUGCUGCGGCAGUUCAAAGCCGCGUACGAUGCUGGCGUGGAAGACGAAGUGUCCCUAGGAGAGCAUGUCGCGAUGUAUCUCCAAAGCACUGCGGUGGUGGUGCCAGCUGACGACCUCGUCUGGGUGUGGGAGCUUCUCGUGGUGUCAAGGCAGGCGGCGGCUCCUCAUGCGAGUCCCCACGACGUCGUCCCACUCGCGAUGGACACUCCCCUUCGGCGAUUGAGCGCGACGGUGCGUUCAAUGCUACAGCCGCUUCCAUUGACGACAGCGCACUCACACAUGCAACACUUUCACGGCCUGCCCUCCGUGUGCAACGUCCUUCUCUCCGUGUGCUUCUCCACGAGUACAGCACAGAAGGUCCUGAGUGUUUUGCUCGAGACGCUACUGCCUGACUACCAUGUUGCGUCCAUGAGUGGGUUCCGCGUCGACUGGAAGGUGGUGGAUCUUACGCUCGCUCGGUUGGAUCCGUCGCUGAGUCGACAUCUAGCAGAGCUCAACGUGUCGAUCGAAGUGCUGUGCUCCCAGUGGUUCUUCUCCAUGUUCGCGGACGCGUUGCCGGCAAGCGUCGUAACUCAGCUGUAUACAUGGGUACUGGCAUCGCCGACCGGUUCCAAGACCUCCGCUCACCCAUGCAACUGGCUUGUCGCCACGGCGCUGGCAUUGCUGCUCUUUGCCGCGGACGUGCUGCAUGCCGCGACCGAUGCCAACACUGUCACGACCCUUCUGCAUCACCUCACCCAUGUCAUACUUGCCAUCGACGAAGACGUUCGGGGUAUUGUGCUGCAAUGGGUGCAUGCAUUUCAUCUCCAUUUCCACGACGCGCUCCAUGCAUGCCGCGUCGACAUGACUCUGGACGAAGAUGCACUGCCCCGACGAAUCUUUCUUGGAUGGAGACCCGCCACCGCCACGUCUGUGGCUUCUCCACCAUCUUCGUCAAGCAAGUCGAUACCUGCACGAUGGCGGCGCACGUUUCGCCGCCAAACGCGGCCCUCCACCCCUGCAAACGCGGCGGACUUGGACAUCGACAUCGAAGGAGCUAUCGACGCCGAUAUCGCUCGGACGUCGCAAGCGCCGCAUGAAACGCAAUGGCCGAUGUUGCGCCAAGUUCUCGUUGCGUUUGCGUGUGAAAAUCCCCAUAUUGGUUACUGCCAGGGGAUGAAUGAGCUGGCAGCAGUUCUCCUGAGGGAAUUUGGCGCUGUCCAAGACCAACCCGACCUUGCGUUGGAUGCGUUGACGUACCUGGUCGACGAUGUGCUUCCGCACUAUCACAGCCCGUCUCUCCUCGGUCUUCACGUCGACUGCGCUGUCAUUGAGACCCUCGUCCACCAAAACGACCCGCACCUCGUGCAUUGCAUGCAAUCCCUGGGCCUCAACAUGGAGAUUCUGUGCACGAAUUGGCUAAUGGCGUGUUUUGCGACGACGUCGCCGCCGUGGUUCCAUGUCAGCGUUCUCGAUAUGAUGUUUGCCGCCGAGUCUGCCGCCGCCGCCUCCACCGUUCUCGUCGUCACGUCUGUCGCCAUCUUUUUGCACCUCUCGAGCUCCCUCAUACACCAGCACGACACGGGGGGCGUCCUCCAUGUAAUCAAGGAAUUCCUCGCGGCGCAAUCCACUCCUUCGCCGGAUGCCCUCGCAUUUCUGUCCCUUGUGAGAACACUUCAACGUCAAUUGCCUUUGCAGGAGCUCCAGGUGAUGCGAGAGGUCCAUGCCGCCGCUGUCCAGGAAAAACUACUGGCAUUUCAAGCGAAAAAAGACGCCAUCAAGGAGGCCGCGACUGUCAGCUUGCAGUCAAAGCCAUUACCACCAACGUAUUCGUCGUCCUCUUCACGGUUCAAGCGCUUCCUAGGCAGCAGUGCGCUGAAAAAGGCGCCGACUCUGUUUGGUAAGAAGCGGCAAGACCACACGGAAGACAGCUCCGAGAAAAGUCGAGUUGCGGAUGAGUUUGACGACGUCGGCCGCGAAGGCGCUGAUGGAGACUCGGAUCUGCUGCACAGCCAACUUCAACACACGACGUAUCUCCUGGAAGGGGACGCGAUCGACGCGGUGGAAUGCGCACAGAUCAAGGAGCGAAUCGUUCACACGUGGUCCUCUGCAAGACACACCCCCGCGCAUGCACAGACUCGCGUGGAUCUGCUCAAAGCAUCCUUGUUCGUAUCCCCACAGUCUCAUGGACAGCCAACGCCAUCGUCAAGUAGCAAGGCGCAGUCGUUGGUUUCUCGGCACACUGCAAGGGCUCGGGCGAGUCUGCAUGCUCUUGGUGUCAAGUGGCGGUCGCGGUCUCCGUCCAAGCCGAGCGACAUUGUGAGCUCCACGAAGAAGACCCCGCUCAGUCCCACGGCGUUGCAGCUGAGCGAGAUCGCCGAAUCGUACUACGGCGGCGACAUCACGAAGGACCAAAGCAUUCGACGGAAGACGGACCUCAUCGCGAAGAGCAUGUUCCCAGAUGACGACAAGACCUCACAGUGUCCGACGUAACAAUAGACUGUCGAAACACGGCGCCAUCUGUGAAACGCAAUGUCCAAUUUCUUGCCCGUGUAUUCCAAUAUCCUGUGAAAACGUAUCCAA